AAAAGGAGAGGCCUGUAACGAGAGAGAGAGAGAGCAGAGAGAGAGAGAGAGAGACACCGAGACCAUGUUGCAGAGAGAAGGAGGAGAAGAUCGAUACGAUAAUCGAGAAUCGAUAAUCGACAAUCGUUUAGUCAUCAAUUAGAAACGUGAACGAGAAAUCUAGAUAUCCCGUCGAAAGAAUUCUGCCGCCUCCGAUCUGCGAUCUAGUUUCGAGACCCCGCCAGGAAGCCCCCCAUGCGACGCGGCAGAGCUCCGGCAGCGGCGGCGGCGGAAGCGAUCGGAACGUCAAGAGCCGCAGCCAUGGAGCCCCGCUACCGCGGUGUUCGGAAGCGGCCGUGGGGCCGCUUCGCCGCCGAGAUCAGAGACCCCUGGAAGCGAACCCGCGUCUGGCUCGGCACCUUCGACUCCGCCGUCGCCGCAGCCCGAGCCUACGACGCUGCCGCCCUCGCGCUCCGCGGCCCCAAGGCGAAAACCAACUUCCCACCGCCUCCGCCGCCGGCGACCCUGCCCCAUUUCAACCACCAUGAAGAAUCCGAUCAUCAGUUCCCUCAAUUCCAUUCUCACCCCGCCAGCAGCAGCCUGAGCAGCACCGUCGAGUCCUCCAGCGGCCACCGGCCUUCGGCUCUUCCGGCGCCGGCCAGAUCCCACCAUCGCUUAAAACCGGCGGUCCCGCCGGAAGACUGCCACAGCGACUGCGAUUCAUCCUCUUCCGUGAUCGACGACUUCAAGCCUCUCUUCCCGUUCGAUCUCAACCUCCCGCCUCCGGCCGACGAGUUCUCCAUCGCCACCGCCGCCGACGAUUUUCCCGUCACCGCCUUGUGCCUUUAACAGAGUAAUUUCCUCCAUCUCCUUGUCCACUUUCUCCAGAAAGAAUACAGAACAGAAAAGAAAAAAGGAAAAAUCUUGACCUGGUGGAUUGUGAGUUUCUGGGUUAUCUUCUUUCUUUUUCGUUUUAUCAGAUGAAUAUGUAGAUUAGUGUACGCUUCGAUCGAUCUGGGCUUUCUUCACGAUGUUGGGAUUUCAGAUCAGAAAAACAAUGGAUCCGAUCUCGAGCUUUUUCUCUCUCGAUCUGAUUCUUCUUCCCCAUCUUUCUCCUCACCAUAUUGUAUAAAUUUACAAUAAACAAACUCAAAUUCUUGCUCA